GCCUUCUCGUUCUACGUGCAGUGCGGGCAUUUGGUUCAACGUACUCCCGACACUGCCAUUCUCCAAUGGAAUAGGGCACAAAAAACAACACGUGUUGCCUGUCAUUCACCUCGGAAUGAGAAUAUGAGCGUGAAAGUAAAUGCACCGGAAGUUCAAGCCAAGUCGAAAGAGAAUAUUCAUGAUGUUUUGUGAUACUAACUGUGAUCGGGUGAACUUUUUACGGCCUAAAUAAUUGAUAAAUCAUGGAAUCCAAGGCGAUUGAAUUAUUUAUCAAUGCACAUAUGCAAUGAAUCAUGGGAAUUCCGUCUUACCGAGUACCAGAAGGCCAACAAACUUCCUGGAUCCUGAACGUGUUAUCCAAUAGACCUGAGUACAGCAGGAUAAAUAAUCAAUCAUUUGAUGAAAGAAUUAACUGUGAUACAAGAAUAACGGAGACAAUAAAAAUCGUCGGGAUGCUCGGAAGAAUGAGACGAUUCAAUGUUAAAUAAGUGAAAUCAUUUUUUAGCGCAAAUAGCACAGGUGUCCCUGAGUGGACAAUAAUGUGGACCCGUCAUUCAGCACCUAGUGUCAUUUAUCUCAUGAUAAACAUAUGUUUUGAAAGUGACUUUGGAGUCUGUGAUGUAAGAACCCAGUCGGAGUACUUCAGGAAUAAGAAAAAAGUGAUUCUUCCUUGAAAGAUUGGAAACAAGUGAAUAAUACGUGUGAAGUGUGAUAGAGUUUUUUUAUUGGUUUUCUUGGUGUUUAUUGAUUUAUCAAAAUGACUGUUACAUAUACUGCGGAAGUGGCCACUUGUCGGGGCUUGGGGUGCUUCUUCAAACUUCUUCUGAGAUGGCGAGCGAGUGUUUACAAACUAGUCUGGCUGGAUCUCGCCCUCUUCCUAUUCAUUUACUACAGUCUAUCAGCUCUCUAUCGCUUCGGUCUUGAUGCAGAACAGAAGAAGACAUUCGAGGGCAUUGUUGCAUACUGCAAGGAGUACAGUGAUCUUAUACCAUUGUCAUUUGUACUUGGUUUUUAUGUCAGUAUUGUUAUGACACGAUGGUGGAACCAAUACACUGCUAUUCCGUGGCCUGAUUCCAUCGCUGUUUUUGUUUCGGCUACUAUUCAUGGUAAUGAUGAGAGGGGGAGACUAAUGAGACGUACUAUUGUCAGGUACGUCUGUGUUUGUUUGACUUUAGUCCUGGCGAACGUGUCUCCCCGCGUGAAAAAACGUUUUCCAACUCUCGAUCACUACGUGGACGCUGGUCUCCUCCUCGAGAACGAACUUGCCAUAUUCCAGAGUCUCAACGCAAAGUUCCCCAAGCCGAGUAAGCACUGGCUGCCGAUUGUCUGGGCCUCCAGCAUCGUCACUCGAGCUCGCAAGGAGGGCAGAAUUCGCGAUGAUUUCGCUGUUAAGACACUGAUCGACGAGUUGAAUAAAUUCAGGGGCAACUGCGGGAGCUUGAUUCACUACGACACCAUCUCUGUACCCCUGGUGUACACCCAAGUCGUCACACUGGCGGUGUACACGUACUUCUUGACUAGUGUCAUGGGGAGACAGUGGGUCCACACCACUGAAACAGCCAACGUCGAUCUGUAUUUUCCAGUAUUCGCGACUCUUCAAUUUUUCUUCUAUAUGGGUUGGCUCAAGGUUGCUGAGACUCUGAUCAAUCCUUUUGGGGAGGAUGAUGAUGACUUUGAGGUGAAUUGGAUUGUUGACAGAAAUCUUCAGGUGUCUUACUUGAUCGUCGACGAGAUGCACCACGAUCACCCAGAGUUGAUCCGCGACCAGUACUGGGACGAGGUAUUCCCAGUGGAACUCCCGUACACCGCAGCAGCCCAGGCCUUCAGAGAGGAGCACCCAGUGGCGUCGACGGCUGGUAUCCAACUGUCAGCAGCUCAGCAGGAGCUCCAGCCCUCCUCAGUGAGGAUAGACGAGAUGAACCCGGAGUCCUACCCGAGUAUGAAGUUCCGGAGUGACAUAGCCGACGACGCAGCCUCCGGCAUCCACUUCAUGGCUGGUGGUAAGAUCUCGAGGAGUGGGAGUAGAGUCAGCAACAGGGACAGGCCGUUCACGGCGGGCUCCACCCCCAGCAACAUCGGGGGGUCCCUGACGAGGGUCAACAGUGUCACAAGUGUCUUGAAGAGGCUCUUCAGCAAAGAGGACAGGCCUGACGGCAGUGGGACCAAGACCCCAGGAAGACUGCCAAACUCGAGCUCAGCUGCUUCCCUCCAGAAUCGCCCUGGGGUGAAUGCCAGUGGCUCCAUGAGGAUCGGAGUGAUCGAGGAAGUCGACGAGCAGAUGACGAUAAAUUCAAUGCGCCCAGAGCAUCGGCCCCACGUACAGAGUAUCUUCCCUACGAACGGGGCGCCACCCCCAACAGCUCCCAUGGAUGUCCCCAUUAAACCGAGAAAUGGGCAUUUGUACUCUGCAAGUGCACCUGUUGGCCCUGGCCCCUUUGGCGGAGGCAAGUAUCAGACUAGGGCUCAGGUCUCCUCGGACUCUGCGAGACUCAGUGAGGCAUUCGACUUCGGGGAGGAGGAUAACGUCAGCAUCAGGUCGUCCACGACGUCGGGGAGCUCUGAUGACGAGUUCACUAGGCUCAAGCUGGAGAGGGACAAGCAGAGGAGGGACAGAGCCAUAAGAAAACUUGCCAGGAGUAUCAGUGGAAAUCAACCGGAUCCUCCCUCGUCCAUGGAUCUUGAUGAAACUCUACUGUUGACGGAGAUGGCAGAGGCUUCUAGGGCCUCGAUGCGUCCUUCUGACGCAUCGAGGGGGAGGAAGGAUAAUGAGACGGAUAAUGUGUAGGGGUGAACAUCGACUUAACUUUUAUGAAAACUUAAUUUUGAGCUCAGGAAUACUCAUAGAAAUAUUAUUCUGAAGUUGAUUUAUUUUACAAUCGUUUCUUCAUAUCCUUGGGGAAAUGACGAAGUCAUCGAAGAAACACUUUUUCUAGCCUUUAUUUGACGAUAAAAUAACACAUCCUUGAGCAAAUGGGGAGGUAUUCUCCUUGGAUCUACAAUUUUUAUUUGAAAUCCAUCCUAAAGUUCAUUUAGUCUCUAUUUUCUGUUUUAUAGUCUGUUUUUAUGAGAUGACGAUAUUUUCUUUCGCUCUUCAUUCGUUGUAAAGGAAAAUUUUCUAGUUUUUCUCGCUGUUGUUUUUUUUUCUCAUUUAAAAAUUGAAACAAAAAAGUUGAAUAAAAGGGA